UUGAUAUUUUUUGUGACACUGGUAACGAGGCAAAUUGAGACAGUGAAGUUUAUUCAGACUUUGGAUAACAUUUCAAAAAUGUGAUUUCGUAAUUUUGCAUAAGUUUUAAUCUACUCUGGCUACAGAAAUGGAAAUUAUCUGAAGUUAACAUAGUUUGAAAAAUAUAUUUAAAAAAAUGGUUGGCGUUGGAGCUACUGCAUUUUUUCCGUUUCCGUUACCACCGUUGAUGACGGAACGACUCCUCAAUGAAAUGAUAACGGAAGCCCCUGGGGGAGAAAUGGUACGAACGGGGGCCCCAAACUUAAUCUGUACCGUACUCCCGUCUCAUUGGAGGUCCAAUAAAACAUUGCCAAUCGCAUUUAAGGUAAUUUGUCUCAACGACGUCAUGGACGGCACUCUGGUCACCGUUCGGGCCGGAAAUGAUGAAAAUUUUUGUGGCGAAUUACGCAAUGCGACGGCCAUAAUGAAAAAUCAGAUCGCCAAAUUUAACGAUCUCCGCUUCGUGGGAAGAUCUGGUCGUGGUAAGUGGAAAAGUUUUUCUCUUACGAUCACCGUUGGCUCGUCCCCUGCACAAGUCACUACAUACAAUAAAGCGAUAAAAGUCACCGUAGAUGGACCACGUGAACCGAGAUCCAAAUCCCACUGCUUUGUAGGUCAUGGUGGACCAUUUCCUCCGUUCGGUUUUGGUCCGAGACCACUCCUCCCGCCGAACUUUCAAAUGGACCCGAUGCGACCGCAUGACUCCUUCAAACUUCCACUGGGUCUAAGUCCGCACGAUUGGCCGCUAGCCCUUCGCGCCGCCGCCGCCGCAAGUGGGGGUGGCGGCCCCCCUGGGGGCAACGGAUCUGGCGGAUAUCCAUCCUACCUCCAAUCCUUAGCGGCACACCAUCACCACCACAAUCAACACCAGAACCACACCCAACACGGAAGUAACGGACCACCCAAUUCGUCUCUCACGUCACCCCUUUUACCCCAAUCCCCGCCUCAGUCUCAAUCUUCGUCUCACGAUCCCCUGUUGUCUUCCGUGGCUAUGUUGAGUAGUGGAAGCGGCACCACGACAACGCCAAGUUCCGGUGGGGGCGGAAGUAGUGGGGGAAGUAGUGGGGGGAGCAAUAUCUUGGCGGCACUUUCAAAUAAUAACAACAAUAAUAAUGGACCAAGCAGUAAGAGGUCACCGCCGUUAGUGAAGAUUAGUCCGUUACACUUACACAGUAAAGGGGGAAGUAAGGGGGGACUGGGAAGGGAUGAAGUGUCAAGGUCGCCGAGACCAACUAGUCAGCAGAGUUCGGGACAGGUCGGAUUUCGUCCAACAGGUGCAGCCCUCUCGUCCUCCACCGACUCUCUCAUGUCGAACUUUGAUCUCGCCAACAAACACCACCACCCCGGAAACGCGCUCUCUUUAAAUCUUCCCUGGCCCGGUUUUCCCCUCGGAAACAGUGGAAUCCCUGGUUCCGGAAUUCCAGUCUCCAACACUAGCGGAUUACCCCUCUUGCCCCACCCCCUUCUUUACUCCCACCUCUGCAACAAUGCCUGGAUGUCGUCCGAAAUUCAUAACGUCAUGACCAAACUUCAACUCCAACAUCAACACCACCAACUCCAACUGCAAGCCCAACAAGGUCAAAGUUUAGGUCAAUCUCGUGCCCUGAGUAGUUCUGGCGGAACGACGAAUAGCCGAUCACCGUCGCCAUCGUCACUUUCCUCCGAGAUCAAAAUUUCCGUUGGUAGCCCUAAAUCGAGCCACAGUCUCAUUCUGCCCCCAUCCCCGCCACCGCAGGGUAUCACGAUUUCAGCCAUUUUGGGCACCGCGGAUGGACGAAAACGACGACAUAGCAACCAUUUAAUUACACCGAGCAGUAGGUCAAAGUCGAGAUCAAUUUCACCAACUAGGUCGAGAUCAAGGUCACGGUCACGGUCAAGGUCAAGGUCAAGGUCACGCAGUAGAUCGAGGAGUCGGUCGCAAAGCAAGAGUCCGACAAUUAUACCCGGUGCGAGUUUCGGAAGAUGCAGAUCUACGGCUUUUUCCUUGAAGAUCGCCAUCAGAUUCCCGUGACACAAUUCUUUCUCGGCGAGUAAAUUCGGGUUGAAGUACCGAAGCAGCGGUCACAUUUGCGAUUCCAACAAGCGCCGAAGUCGCAGUUGGUGGAAAAGCGGAAGAACUUCGCGACACGAGAGCAGAUUGAUUUCCAUGACGAGAUGGACGCUCGUUAACUACUUGGACCGUAUUCAGGGCCGAUCUUGGUCUAUCCUCUUGGCGUCCGCGUCCAACCCUUUUUGGGCUCUGGUUAAAAUCUUCGAGCUCAAAAUCCUUAUCCAUUUUGAAGCCGAGCCGAGUAAAUGAAAUGAAAUGAUGCUGGUGAAAGUUUGGUGUGAAGAAAGAAAGUCUUGAAAUUAUAAUUUAUUCACAAUACGCUAAUCUUUUAGUUGUGAUAAUCUGAAUUCUCGAAGAAAGUGGCUUUCACGAGGUGAAAAAAUUGAGAACAA